AUGAGUUUUCGAGAUGCCUUAAACCAAUACAUCGAGCAUCCUACCAAGUACGACGAUGUUAUCUUUCAUGACGAUAAUGUGGUGAUCAUCAGAGAUAAGUUUCCCAAGUCAAUUAGGCAUUUCUUGAUCAUCCCGAAGUCCAAGCUGAUAACUCAUAUCCACCCAUUGGAUGUGUUCAACCGGAACUACAUCGACCAGAAGGGAGACGAGCUAUAUGAGCUCAUGCUGGAAUAUGUGGAGAAGGCCAAGGACUUAAUAGUUCAGGACUUGAGUACUACUUUAAAUCAUUUGGACAAUAUCAAGGCAAGUGAGUUCAAGAACUCAUUCAUUCGAGCUGGUAUACACUCUGUACCAUCGUUACGUAACUUGCAUAUUCAUGUGAUAACCCAGGACUUUCAUUCAGACCGUAUGAAGAACAAAAAGCAUUACAACUCUUUCACCACCAAGUUUUUUGUUGAUUUUGAACAGUUGGACCCCAUGCUUAAUGAAAAGUUCAACAAGUUGGUCAAUCGAAAUGAGAAUUAUGAUUCGAGCUCAGCACACGAGAGCGAAUCUGACGAUGGGAUAGAAUACGUUAGGCAUGUGCGCAAUGGAGCAACCUUGAAUGAAUUUCUAAAGUCUGAUUUGAAAUGUGUGUAUUGUGGAGUGAAUUUUGAGAAGAGCAUGGUCAAGUUAAAAGAACAUUUGAAAAUUCACUUCAAAGAGAAGUACCAAGCGUUAGGAGACUAUCAAAACUUGUUACCUAAUGCAAGUAGAUAA